AUGGCGAGGAACAAUCUGGCACCUGUUGGUCAGCAACGAGCUGAUAUCAGACUUCCGCACGAGUCAAUGACUGAGACGAACGCUUCUGGCCCGUCACGCCACUUCGAGCGCAGCAACGCGCCUAGCCCGGAAGAAAGACCUUCACAGCAAACUUCCCCAGAUAUGUUGCGACAGAUCGAAUCGGAAAUGACUAUACUUCAACUCCAGGAUCGUAUGGAAAGAACGGAGGCUGGAAUGAGAGCCUUGACAAGCCGAUGCGAUGCGCAAGAUCAAUGGCACGACCUACUAGUUGAGAUGUUGCAUAGACAGGAGAUGAUCUUGGCGGAUAUACUCAGUACUAUCUACGAGGCGCAAGAGGAGUAUGACGAUGACGAUGACGAGUCAUACUGUAUGUGCGGUGAGCAUGGAGAUGAGCUUGAUGGUGAAGAUAUGAGUGCGAUAUUAAGAGGUGGAAUGGGUGGGAGAGACGAAGACGAAGAGUUUGUGUAUGAUUAUGGUGGGUACACGAACUGGGACCAGAUGGACGCGACUUCGCAACAGGAGAGUGGGAAUGGAAGUCACGGUAGCGAUGACGACGAAGAGGUCAUCCGACAAUUGCGACAGCGGGUUGAAAGCUUGAACGAUCAGGUUCGUAAGCUUACAGAGACGGCGCACCAGGACAGUGUUUCUCGAUCGGGAGGCGGCCAAGAGGAGAAAGAGGAUGAACCGAGUCUACGUGGUGGAAGUGGGGAAAAGGAGGUUGAUCACGAUGGCAAUCGCGAGCAUAUCGAUACCAGCAGCGUCCCUACUCUCACCCCAGCCUCACCACACUUGCUUUGUCAACGAGCCGCAACUCGAGUCGGCAAUUCGACCAUCGACUAUAUCCUCGUAUAUCUACCUCCAGGUUUCGUCAUUCCCGGAACCAACAAGCCAGAGCUUGUUUUCCACAGCGCCGCGACAAUCUACUAUUUCCCAACAGGAGCAACAGAAGACUUUGUAAAGCGAGAAGCCUGGAAGCAAAAGGCUUGUGGAAAUGGGCACUGGCAAGAAGUCGCGAUCCACAAAAUACAGUCAAAGCAGGUGUUCAAGAGCGCGAUCGCAAGCUGGUGGGAGACCAUGGGACUAAGCUGGAAUGUCCUGACCGGUGGGGUCUGGAACUUUGACGGCGAUGAAGGUGAUAUGUACAUGGUCAACGACAAUAAUCUCUUUCUUACGAAUCGCACAAGAGACGUAGCCGGUGCACAACUCCGCGGCGGAAGUGACUACGAGACGGACCCGUCGUUCCAGAACGAGAGUGCAGCGAAUGAAUCUAGCAGCAUGUUUGAGCAGCUCAUGCAAGAGGCCGCGACAUUGUGUGUGGGCCCUCCAACCUCUCAACGUGGAGAUUUUUGGAUGACUCUGGCCAAUGUACUACAAACACGCAACUACUUUCUCGAACGCGAACUCGAGAACUUCAAGGAGCUAAAUCACAGUCUCAUGCAGGAUCUACAUUGGCAGAUGGAUGUACAAGUGGAGAUGGAGGAGCGGCUUGACACAGCCCUAGCAGAAAAGGACGCAAUCGCUGAAGAACUGGAGGUUCUCAAGACCCGCUUGAUGAUUUUAUUCGAGAGUACUACAUCUCGUACGUUAUGCACAGAUGAAAAGGAAGACGCCGUUUCGACUGACCAAAUCCCCGUGGAGUCGCCAUGCCUGGGAACGAUGCGAGGCGGUAACGAAGAUCCAUCAUCACCGGCGACAUCUACGAAGGACACGACUCUACAAGCAUUCUCCUCCGACCCUUCCCAUGCGUGUGCCGCUGUCAAAGCGAAGUCUUUCGAGUUCUAUCCAAGACAAUCCAUCAUCGUCUUUGCUGGUGCCUCUCCGCACCUAUACCAGUUUCCUCACAGGUCGACAUUGCCAGAAAUCUGUCGCAUCCUCGAGAUUGAUGACGGAGAGGAACCGCUCUCCAAUGAUCCGUAUAUCGCGCGCGUCUUGGAGAUCAUGAAGAUCCGCGAAGAGAUGGGCAUAGAGUUACCUGAGAACAUCAGCGAUGAGCGUGUCACUAUCAGCAUAUGCGAUGUUCCAAGUGACUGUCACUUGGAUCGCGAAACAAAGAUAGCUACAUGGGAGGUGCAUGAAGGAGAUGUGGACGUUCUCGGGAAGCUACUAACAAAGCUGGAGAUCGAUCUAAACGCAUCGAAGUCGUCUACCAGUACCUCGGUCAGAACCGCAUCGAGCGAAGAAGAGCACGACUACUAUCAAGAUGUUGGCGAUUUGGUCAAUUCGCUCAACGACGCACUCAAAGACGAGGUUGAAACCAGCUCGCCGAAGUUCUGUACGUGUCGGAUAAAUCCCGUAGAUGACAGUGAGAGUUUCCCUGAGAUGGAAGAGGCAAAGCAACAAUGUUUGUUACCCGUUCGUGGCGGUGGCAGUGAUCCCGGUCACUGGAACCAUGAUGCACACGGCAACCGAGAGUUCCCGCUACAGUCUCCCAAGUUGCCUGCUGCACCAGGUGUCCCACCUAUAACGCCGAAAUCCUACGGUACGUUGGCACCAAAUACUUCUAACUUACUUCCAAACGAGGCGAUCAUUCCGGCAAAAAGUCCCUUGAGCAUGCGACUGGGCCGCCUCAUGUUCCCUGCCAAGUUCGUUCAUCGGCACGAGGAUAGCAUCAGCCACUUUGACUGGCAACAUACUAAGCGACUGAAUCCUCAGUUCAAAGACAAGCGCUCCAGAAGUUACAAGUAUACAAGAGGUACUCAAUGCGAAGUUUGGGCUAUGCAGCUGGACGAACAUCGAGAGCACUGCGACUAUUGUCAAGUAAUGUUCAUUGAGGAAGACUACGCUAGAGUUAAUGCUAUAUCUACGUAUAAAAACGACGCUUCGAGGCCGCCAAUAGGAGCUAGGAGAUCUUCGGAGAACACCAUCUGGCCUGGAAUCCGCAACGAAACAACCCUCCGCACUGAUGACCACCCAGACUCCGGCCUGAGGGGCGGUGCUGGUCAUGAAAGAGAUCUGAGGCAUGGAGGGGAGGAAAGUGAAGACUGGCGAUCCGAGUGGGAUGAUCUGGCUAGCCAAACUCAAUCCUCAGGCUAUCAGCCUCGCACGUUCCGCAACUCCAGCACGCUUUCCACAAAGACAAUGACUUCACCUCCUUCGCCCGUUGACCGCAACCUCCGCAAAGAUCGCUGGCCUCAGUCAUGGGAUGUUUGUACCGCCGAAGAGUUCCUAAGAACAGAGCCCUGGAUUUCAGAUUCCGAACACAUGAAGGCAGAUCGCCGCGAAUUUCGUGCAGGUGAGUCCCCUAAACCACCAUACAAUACUCGGCACAAGAGCCCUGAUAGCCUGACGCCAUCAAAGACUAGUAAUCCCUUUCUUUUGGAGCUACGAAGGUCACGGCAGGAGUCAGUCCUUGAGAGACCACUUACGAACUGCGACACCUUGUCUAUUAAAGAUAGCGACAGUAUUUUGGAACUCAAGGCUGACGCUUGGCUGGAUAACCCGAGGCCGGCACCCCCAAGCCCCUUCCAACGCAAUUCCGCAGCGCCACGGCAAGUCUCCCCGGGCUCACGUCAAGCAACCUCCAACGGCACAUGCGUAUCCACAUCUACAACGCCGUCCAAUUCGGUACCUAGAGAGCUGUCAUUCAGAAGUGAUCGCCGCGAGUUCUUCCCAGCCAGCAAAUAUCACACCUCAUCAGAUAAUGCCUCCAGUGUGACGAUGCGAACAAGGCGCAAAGACGUGCCUUUGUCUGAGGUCUUGAGUGAUGAAGCCUACGAGGAACACGUUAGAUCGAGACCCAUGGGGAAGACCAACCCAGAAUUACCAAGACCAAAGCUGGGUGUGAGGCUGUGCAAGAAGUGUGCAGAACUCUUGAAUUUGCUCGCUGAGUAUAUUGCAAAGUUGAGUCAGCGACUGACGGCCAGGGCGUCAAAAAUACCAACGAACACACCUAAAGUUCCUCGUCACAAAACUUUAGGUCCGAGCGCGAAGCCCAAAAGGAAGCCAAAGAAGAGUACUUCAAAACUAGCCAUUCGAACGCCAGCAGCGCCAGCGCCGUCAAGAACGGGCUGGGAAGCCUGGUACAUGAACCGCCGGCUUCCUUACCCACCAUUCGACAAAUCACUUCCGGUCACACCUCGCGCAUCAACGUCAACUCUCACCAAGGCCUUUGAACCCAAAGGGAAGUUUCCAGCAACGCCUCGAGCCUCUUUUUCACGCAUCGACUGCGCGCGCAUCAUCGCUCAAGCACAGGACAGUGCACAUGCAAACUUUGUGAGCCAAGGAACGGACCAAUGGCAUGUGCCAACCGUUGCCGGGCCAUCAGAUCUGGUGAAGGAAGCGCUCAUGUGGUUGGAUUAUGAAGAUAAGUCGGGGAAGAUAGGAAAGACAGUUUUUGAUGGAAACAUGGCAGACGAAACUGAGUACGAUUAUUCCCGUAACGCCAAGCUGGCGGUAGUGUAG